AUGACAAAAUUCCACCUUGCUCCCGCCAGCAUAAUCUUCAUGUGGUAUUUGAUUCCAGGAUUAUGGGAGGCAUUAUCCGCUGUGGCAGUGCCUGAACGAUCCUACCAGGCAGCGCCUGUUCAAAUGAAAGGCAGCUUGGCUUAUGGGACUGCACUGCUUCACACGGACGGGAUUCAUCAAAUGAAACGCAGAUUCCAGACUCUCAUGGUGACCAUAGGGGAAUCUACAACUCACCUUAACAGGUGGGAUCAGCCAGAUGCCGCUGUGGACUGGCUCAGCUCACAACCUUGGGUUGGAAGUCUGCUCCUUGGCAUCUUGUCAACUAAGUUUAAAUACCCUGGUAAAGACCUUAUGAAGGAAAUUCGUAUGGUGGCAUCUGAUGCCCAAAUGACCACUUAUGUGAUGAUGAAACAAUACCUGGAUCAAUGUAUGGGUGGGACACUAGCCUUACCGCAGGUUGCAAAGGAGAUACCACCUUUCCUCUCAACAGAGAAGGAUCUCAAGAAAACUUUAGGGGAAUGGUUUGAACUUAUUGGCACUAUAAGACAAGUGACUAUGAAGUUAGGCCCACGAGCAUUUCCAAAUCUCUCCUCAGCAGCACUCUUUUGGAGCAAGAAAGAUAGUGCAACAACAACAGCAUUUAAAGCUCCAGUGUUUCAACCCAACCUAGAUCAUCCCUUACAGAACCUCUACUUCCAAGGGCUCGGGAAAGAUAAGUCAUAA